AUGGCCGGCCGCCACCGCAACCCGCUGCCCCCUCCCUACCCUCGCCGCGGCGGCGGCGGCAACCAUCCGGCUCCCCCGCUUCACCACCCGCUUCACCCCCACCUCCCGCCCCACCACCCCCUCGACGACUUCCGCGACCCGCCGCGCCUCCCCCCGCACCACCACCUAGACGACUUCCGCGACCCGCCGCGCCUCCCCCCGCACCACCACCUAGACGACUUCCGCGACCCGUCCCGCCUGCCGCCCGGCCACCCCGACAGCUUCCAGGAGCCGCCGCCGCCGCCGCAUCUCCGCCAUUUCGUGGGCCACGGCCACGGCGGUGCCGGUGGCCCCCUGCCACCCCAGCCGCAUGUGGUGGCGGCGCUGGAGGAGCGGCUUGGCGCCGAGAUCGACGAGGCGCAUGAGCUACUCGCGCAGAACCAGCGGCUGGCCGCGACGCACGUGGCGCUCGUGCAAGAGGUCGCUGCCGCGCGGCACGAGCUCGGCCGCACCGCGCACGCGCUCACCUCUGCUCAGGAGGAGAGCGACCUACGCCUUCGCGAGGUUUAUGAGAGGUCAAUGAAGAUGGAAGCAGAGCUCCGGGCAGUACAUGAAAUGAGAGCAGAGCUUGCACAAGUUCGUAUGGACAUUCAAAACCUGGGUACAGCGAGGCAGGAACUCAUGGGCCAAGUUCAGGGAUUAACACAGGAUUUGGCCCGGUCGGCAGAAGACUUGCAGAAGGUGUCUGCAUUAAAAGCUGAGAUCCAGGAGAUCAAACAUGAAACACAACAGUUGAGAUCUGGUAUUGAGCUUGAGAAGAAAGGAUAUGCAGAGAGUUAUGAGCAGGGACAGGAGAUGCAGAAAAAAUUGAUUUCAGUGGCUUCUGAGGUGGAGAAAUUUCGAGGUGAGGUUGCUAACGCGGAGAAGAGGUCACGGGCCGUUGUGUCUGCAGGCAAUCAAGGUUAUAUUGGAAGCUAUGGGAACCCCAAGGCCAAUUAUGCUGCAAAUCCUUUUAACUCUGGAUAUGGCAUUAAUCAAGCAAAUGCUGCCACUGAUUCUGGUUCCCAGUAUGGAACUAGUGCAGCGCAUGGUUCUUGGGGUGCCUAUGACUUGCAAAGGGCGUCCGGGCGUAGAUAA